AUGCUGACAGCAACAAUCCAGCUGCGUUCUGCUGGAGUCGGCGCGCGUCCUGAGCCGACAUCCCGAUGCAAGGUCCAGGUGACGCCCUCCUUAUGGGAUUAUCCCAGAUCACACGCUGCAAACCACAGCUGUCCUGAGCCGACUACCUCCGAGAAAGACGUCCUAGAGAGCCUGAAGUACGAAUGGGAGAGACUUGAAGAGGACAAGCCCGCUCCAGAGACAUCCGGACUAGGGAGGAGGAAUGUCAUUGCAGAUCUUCUUGACUUUGAGAUUUAUAGAUGCCCGUUGAAGGACCAAAAGCGCUCUUCGGAGCUAACGAGUCUACACCUGUUCGACGUCAAGGCCAAAAACCUUUCUUUCGAUGGUUACGUUCGGUUAGGCCAAGUAGAACACUACGUUGAACGCAUCCAGAUCCAAGAUCUUUCGAUUGAGGGAUACGGCUCACGAGAAGACCCUGACAUCGUCGCAUAUAUUCAAACCAGAUUGGCCAGCAUAGAAACCACUCACGAUAUCUGGCUACAGCUGAAACAACCUGCUUCUCGCUAUAAAAGAUUCCACGCCCCCUUCAUGUGGGUCGCUACGUUGGGAAAGCAUGCAAUUGACUAUAUGGACGACCAAAAGAAAAACACAGUGGGAUUAGAGAGCUUCAAGAACGAUUUUCACUGUUGGCUUAUACAACGGUUCGGGUCCAACAAGAAGUUCACAGAGUGGUUUGCAGCGUUCGGGAAUGUAAGAGACUUCCGAGUUGCUUUGAAUGCCUAUGUGGAUUUCUUCUAUAACCAGGUUGUCAACCUAAGUACCUCAAAACAUCUAAUUAGCCACCCGGUGUGGAGCCACUGCAAGUGCAAUAGAACCAUGGCAAUUGAGCGGCAACCGGACGUAGUCAAGGAUACUCUCGCAACACCACAUGUGUUCGAAAGUUUCAAACAUGUGUACUUCGCUAGCAAGCUGAAACCGGCUUCUCCCUCUAAAGCGGUCAAGGAGAUGCAGCAUCUGAGAAAACAGAUGCUAGGCUUUGCAGAGGAUCGCACGGCGCAGACUUCGUCCGAGCACACUGUUACCGAAUUUACGAGCGACUCCGGCGCGAGGUCUGGUUCUGAGUGGCUUGCCUAUGUCCAAGGAAUCGAAUAUCUUCGCAACGGUGCGCAGCGACUUCUGGUUCUAUGGCUCUAUCGCCCUUCCGACACUAACAUGUGUCUCGCCAAAUAUCCUAUUGCAAACGAGGUUUUUCUGUCGGACAACUGCAACUGCGGUGAGCGCGAGAUACUUACGACAGAUGUCUCACGAACACACAGUGUGGACUGGAACCCAAAAUCUCUCAACACUGGAAAGGAUCUCAUCAUCCGCCAAACGUACAUCACACAAGAUAGCGCAUUUGUGACAGUCACCACCGAUCACACCAUGUGCCCUUGCCGUAAGCCGAAAGCGAGGUUUAUGGAUUGGCGUGCCGGCGAUACGGUCUACAUCACAGAGUAUACCAACGGUCAACAGCGCCUUGAACCUGUCGUUAUCUACAAGAUCGACUACAACGCCGGUGAAAUGAAAGCCCGUGUACUUUUGCGACUCGCACGAGACUGUUUGGGGCUGGCGCUCGAGGCCAGGCGGACUAGGGUUGCGCCUAAUGAACUCGUCCUCACCGACAAGCUCAAAGUAUUGCCUAUAACACGAAUCAAACGGGCUUGCCGCAUACGAUUUGUUCAACGGCACGAUGUACUCAGUCAUCAGGUACCUUCACCCUACGAUCAACGAGGUGCUGGCGAUCAUUGGUUCAUCAGCAUGGGAUUGCACUUUGAGGACGAUGUUUGGCGGCUGAACUUUUUGGAAGCGCUACCAGCAGGUUUUCACGAGGCUCGGGAAGCACCACUGCCCUGCAAGAAGUUGAGGGGUCUCAGCUUGUUCAGCGGUGGCGGUGGUCUCGAUCGAGGCCUUGAGGAAGGAGGUGCCGUGGAGUUCCAGACGUCAGUCGACUAUGACCCUGCGGCGAUCCAUACGCAGCGAGCUAACUGUCAUGACCCACAAAAUAUGCGACUAUUUUGUGGAUCUGUUGACGACUACCUCCAGAAGUUGCUGUCUGCGAUUCAGUCAAACGAUGUGGCUUGCGUUGGCAAAGUAGACUUGAUUGCAGCAGGUUCCCCAUGUCCGGGCUUUUCUGCUCUGCAACAAAACAUGUUAAGCCAGCAAUCGCUUACGCAUGCCUCACAUGUCACCACGUUCUGCACGGCUGUAGAUGUGUAUCGCCCGUUAUAUGGCAUUCUGGAGAACGUCAUCAACAUGGCGUCUACACGAACAGGAUUCGAAGAUCAGAACGUGCUUUCACAACUAGUGGCUUGCAUGGUAUCCAUGGGCUACCAGGUCAAUCAAUUCAUAAUGGAUAGCUGGAGCUACGGCAGCUGCCAGCGGCGAUCAAGAAUCGUACUGACAAUCGCAGCACCAGGACUUCAGCAAAUUCUACAGCCUCCCCAUACUCACAGCCGUUCUUAUGAAGAAACUGUCGCACGCAGUCUAGGCAGACUUCCGAACGGUGAGCGCUUUGGCGAUCGGGAAUACUACCCUACGCCUUUCCCGCACGUCUCUGCCGCAGAGCUCACAUCCGACCUCCCUAACAUCGGCAAUGGGAACGUGCAGACUUGUGUUUUGUUUCCUGAUCAUCGUCUCUCCCGGCCGACAAAUGGCAAAGAUCGGGCGCUGUUGGAGUUCAUACCGAGACAACCUCCAGGCUACGGCUACGCAGAAGCUAUGCAGCUGGAGCUGGUACCACCACUCCUUCAGAUGCGUAAGAAAGAGAUGGGAAGAGCGUACCGACGCAUUAAAGCAGAUGGGCUCAUACCGACGAUCACAACGGAUCUCAAUAUGCAAGAUGCGCGGAACGGUGCUUCAGUGCAUUGGUCUCAGCAUCGUCCACUAAGCAUCCAGGAGGUUCGACGUACGCAAGGGUACCCAGACCACGAGCCAAUCAUAGGAUCACUCAACGAACAAUGGAGAAUUAUUGGCAACGGAGUAGACCGGAAGGUAUCGUUCUCUCUAGGGCUUACACUACGCGAUACUCUGACCAAGUCCAAAUGCAUCACUGAGCCCGCCAAUGGCUUAGAAAACGAAACUGAGCUUUUUGUAGAUGUCGAUCAAGUGCUGAAAUAUCGCUUAACAGAAGCGGCUCGGCCUUCAAACGUUAACACACUGCAAGAGACAAGCGUAUCUUCCUCGGCGCCAGUAUCGACAGAUUCAUUCUCAUCAACGUGCGAAACAAAGCCGAGGUUUAAUGUGUCGACGUUGCUUGACAAAGUCAAUAAUGAAUCAUCACAGGCUAGUCUACGUUUGACCUCACUGCAACGAUUCAUCGAAGUCAAAGAGCAAGUUGCACCAACAAGCUUUCGAAGAUCCUCCCUAUCAGCUUUGUCCACAUCCAUGCAGUCAGCACGACAAUAUCCAUCGAUCAAACGCCAAAGAGAAGACUGGGCAGAGAAACAAGAAGAGGGUCCCAAGCUAGCGGAUAAGACUGCCGGCUCUUUUAAACGCGCAAAAUUCGGAAGGCUGCAAAGGAGUGGCACAUAG